GGCGGGUUCGAUUACAAACUCUCAUAAUGCAUUUUAAACCAGAACUUCUCUUUCUCAUUAGUAUCUAUAUGUAAUAAGUAUAUAUAAAUCUGAAAGUAAGGAGUAGGGCUCUAUUGAAACACAACUGUCAGUAAGAGUUUGAAGAAAAAAGCUCAAGAGAUGAGUAUGGAGAGACAAAGCAUGAAGGAGUUGAUGAAUCGGGAAAUUUCUCCUUCAACACCUUCGUCUGGGAAUGAUGCUGCCUAUCAUAGAACAGCUGCUUUAGAAGAUGACAUUGUCAUUGUAGCUGCCUGUCGAACUGCCAUUUGCAAAUCUAAACGGGGAGGCUUCAAGGAUACUCUCCCGGAGGAUUUACUUGCUCCCGUUUUAAAGGCGUUGAUAGAGAAAACAGACUUGAAUCCAGCCGAAGUGGGAGAUAUAGUUGUAGGAACAGUUUUAGCUCCGGGGUCAAACAGAGCAAUUGAAUGCAGAAUGGCUGCACUUUAUGCUGGUUUUCCUGAUAUUGUGCCCAUCAGGACAGUCAAUAGGCAAUGUUCGUCUGGCCUUCAGGCUGUUGCUGAUGUAGCCGCCUCCAUAAAAUCAGGAUUCUAUGAAAUUGGCAUUGGGGCAGGAUUGGAGUCCAUGACAGUUGAUAAGAUGGACUGGAUUCAAAAAGUUAAUCCCAGAGUGGAAAGUUUUGCUCAAGUCCGAGACUGUCUACUUCCGAUGGGCAUCACUUCUGAAAAUGUAGCAGAACGUUAUGGAGUGACCCGACAAGAGCAAGACCAAGCGGCUGUCACAUCCCAUAAGCGUGCUGCUGCAGCUAAUGCAUCUGGAAAAUUUAAAGAUGAAAUCAUCCCAGUUUCUACAAAGAUUGUAGACCCUGAAAAUGGAGAGGAGAAGCUUAUUGCAAUCUCUGUCGAUGAUUGCAUUCGUCCUAACACAAAUACGACAGAUCUGGCAAAGUUGAAGCCUGUGUUCAAGAAUAACGGGACAACAACUGCAGGGAAUGCUAGUCAAGUAAGUGAUGGUGCCGCAGCAGUGCUUCUUAUGAAGAGAAGUUUGGCUACGCAAAAAAAGCUUCCAAUUCUUGGUGUAUUCAGGAGUUUUGCUGCCAUAGGGGUGGAUCCUGCAGUUAUGGGAAUCGGCCCAGCUGUUGCAAUUCCGGCUGCAUUGAAGUCUGCCGGUCUACAACUUGAUGAUAUUGACUUGUUCGAAAUAAAUGAGGCAUUUGCUUCCCAAUUUGUAUAUUGCCGUAAACAUUUAGACCUUGAUCCUGAAAAAGUUAACGUUAACGGUGGAGCAAUGGCUCUUGGGCAUCCCUUAGGAGCUACAGGGGCUCGUUGCGUUGCAACUCUACUCCAUGAGAUGAAGCGUCGUGGCAAGGAUUGUCGUUUUGGUGUGAUAUCAAUGUGCAUAGGUUCGGGCAUGGGGGCUGCUGCUGUUUUCGAAAGAGGGGAUUCUAUGGAUGGUCUGGGGCAAUGCAAGGAUGGUUAGCAGCAACAAUCUAUCAGCGUUAAAACCCCAAUUAGGCACAUUUACAUAUAGUGCACGUUUGGUACGGAAUUAGACUGGACAGGGUUCUAGUUCGUUCUCUUUUUCAAGGUUGUCAAGUGCUUCCAAACUUUUCAAAUUCUCCUUAAUAAGCCUAAAUUUUACUUUCUCAAAUA